GCGGGUCGCUUUAGGGGCCCGGGAACGCCAGCCCUGGGGCCGGAGCUUGCAAGCUGGGCCCGGCCAGCAUGGGGAGGAGGAUUUUGCAAGGGGGAAGGAGCCAGGGAAGAGGGCGAAGCCUUGGGGCUCGGAUCCGACCACCCGCGGGUCUGGAAUGGGGGAGACCGAGCGACAGAUUGAGGUCCUAUAGGGCGUCGUGGCAACCGGGGUCUGGGAGCGCUGCAGAGAAUCUCGGGUUUGGGAGAGGCCUGGGGACGGGGAACGUGGGUGGAAGGAGGGGACUGCAAAGAGGAUUGGCCAGAGUGAGCUGAGACUAAGUAAAGGACGCAGGGCCAGCGGGGGCGGGGGUGUCUCUGGACGUGGAGGGAAGCGAGGGGUGCCGAGGCUGGGGAGGAGGGAGCGCCGUCUGCCUGGGGAUCUGGGGCGAUGGGCCGAGUCGGGGUGUUAGCCUUAGGAGGCGACGGAGCCAGCGGGGUUUGCAGGAAGGAGGCGAGGCUCAAACACCCAGAAGAACCUUCCGAGGCUGCCGAGAGCUGGGUGGCGGCCGGGGCCCCGACGCGAGCCAGACUCGGACUCUCUGGGGCUGCGGCUUUAAGAGUGCCACGCGGGUGCGGGCUCUUUAAGGAAGAGGCGGAAGGCCCCUCUGAAGCGCUCCCGGAUCCUGCACAUGGCGCUGAUGGGCACGCCCGACGCCGCCGGCGGGGCAGAGGCCAGCCCGGGGAAGCCCUUCCUGCUCCGGGCCCUGCAGAUCGCACUGGUCGUCUCUCUCUACUGGGUCACCUCCAUCUCCAUGGUGUUUCUCAACAAGUACCUGCUGGACAGCCCCUCCCUGCAGCUGAACACCCCCAUCUUCGUCACCUUCUACCAGUGCCUGGUGACCACCCUGCUGUGCAAGGGCCUCAGCGCCCUGGCCGCCUGCUGCCCGGGGGCCGUGGAGUUCCCCAGCCUGCGCCUGGAUCUCAGGGUGGCCCGCAGCGUCCUGCCCCUGUCCGUGGUCUUCAUCUGCAUGAUCACCUUCAACAACCUCUGCCUGAAGUACGUGGGUGUGGCCUUCUACAACGUGGGCCGCUCCCUCACCACCGUCUUCAACGUGCUGCUCUCCUACCUGCUGCUCAAGCAGACCACCUCCUUCUACGCCUUGCUCGCCUGCGGCAUCAUCAUCGGUGGCUUCUGGCUUGGUGUGGACCAGGAGGGGGCAGAGGGUACCCUGUCUUGGACGGGCACCCUCUUUGGCGUGCUGGCCAGCCUCUGUGUCUCGCUCAACGCCAUCUACACCAAGAAGGUGCUCCCGGCGGUGGACGGCAGCAUCUGGCGCCUGACCUUCUAUAACAACGUCAACGCCUGCGUCCUCUUCCUGCCCCUGCUCCUGCUGCUGGGGGAGCUUCAGGCCCUCCUCCGCUUUGCCCAGCUGGGCAGUGCCCACUUCUGGGGCAUGAUGACGCUGGGAGGCCUGUUUGGCUUUGCCAUUGGCUACGUGACAGGACUGCAGAUCAAGUUCACCAGUCCCCUGACCCACAAUGUGUCGGGCACGGCCAAGGCCUGUGCCCAGACGGUGCUGGCCGUCCUCUACUACGAGGAGACCAAGAGCUUCCUCUGGUGGACGAGCAACAUGAUGGUGCUGGGGGGCUCCUCCGCCUACACCUGGGUCAGGGGCUGGGAGAUGAAGAAGGUGCAGGAGGAGCCCAGCCCCAAGGACAGCGAGAAGAGUGGCGUGGGGGUGUGAGCUCCUGCGGGGACCUCGGGAUGGCCCGCCGAGGAGAACGCCCCACCCCGGGAGAAAGCCCACGAAUGCAGUGGAGGCCUCUCGUACCCAGAGAGAGAGACCUGGGGGGGUGUUUGCAGACUGAUCAGAAUCUGGUGGUGGAAUUGGAACCAGUGUUUUCAAGUAAUGUCGGAAAGUUGCCAAUCCUAUCUCGACCUCCUUUCCUAUUUGGGGGUAGGACCCCCAUGAGAAGAGCACAUUGGCCCUUGGGGAGUAGGAAAGUGGGGCACCCCUUCCUGCCCCUUCCUAGGGCCUUCUACCUCCACAUGACCUUUGGGGUUAAGGACAGGCCACAAGCUUUAAGGAACAUAUGGCGAAGCCAUCGAGUCUUCACUUGUGCUCAAGGAGACAGGGGUGUGACGCCACCACAGGUCAACUAAGGGGUUUGGGAAACCUCACAUCUCCAGGUCCCAGGGCAGGCAGCACAGCUUUAGCCCCACAAACCAGCUUCCUCUGGAGCGAAGUGGCGGCUGGGCUGAGGGAGGAAAGGGACCAGUGUUCCCUCUUCUCUGCAGAGAGGCCACCAGGCCCCAUGGAAGGGGCGAAGGAUCAGUUGUACCUAUGCCUGGUCCUGGCACUCCCAGGGGCCACUGGGAAGUGGCCUGGGAAUGGGGCACAUGGAAAAGCGCCCUUUCCCCACCAUCUGCACCCCAUGUUCCCACCUCUUGAACAUGGGGAACCACAUAUCUCUUACAGGUUAAACCGGGUCAUUAGCACCCUCCCUAGCCUCUGACUCCCGUUUUACUGCCUCGCUCUGUCUCCCAGCACCUGGUGGCCGCCUGGCUCAGGAAGUGGAGCCAGGAGCCACUUCAGCUUCUCCCAACUCUGCCUCCCCCAGAGCUUCUCCCCAGGGGGCUGAUGGAGCAGUGUCCCAGCUCAGCGCCUUCCACCCCAGCUGUGCUGGGCCCCCCAGGUCCCUGCAGGAAGGCUUGUAACCUGCUUCUGAGCCUCUUCCCUGAGGGUGGGGCCGGGAGAACCUGAUUGUCCUCACCACACCCCCUGGCCUCUGGCUUGCUUUCACCCCUGGCCAUUUUGUUCCACCCAACUCCCCUAGAGAGUGGGUUUUCUCAACACCCCCGUUUCCAGUCCCCCCACAAUCCCAAAUGGUUUCUAAUGAAGUUGGUGGGGCCUGAUGCCCUGAAUUGUGUGUGACUUAAUUAAAAUUGGAGUAAGCCA